ACAAUUUAUUAUUUUCAUACCAACGGCAUCAGCAUCAAGUCGCAAGCCUCUCUAUUUCGGCGGAUGAGCCUGGUGUGGGCCGGUGUCACUUUGCAGAUAAAUUUCGUCUUGUGUCUCUAGCCAUGUCAUCUCGAGCCCUUCGGAAAGCUCAAAAGGAGCGUGAACAGCAAGAGAUCCUGUCGAAGCUAGCGGAACCGGAAUCUUCUCAGGCGGAGCAAUCAGAGGAAGAAGAGGAAGCUUUAACACAGUCCAGAUCAACGUCGAAGCCGAAUAUAUUUGCUCUGCUUAAUGAAGGCGACAGAGAUGAAGACGAUUAUCCAGAGUCCGUAAGCAAUGAUGACGAAGAACCUCCUACGGUCGUAGCCGAGUCCGAAACACGAAAGAAGGAUGCCCCAACGAAGAAAAAGAACAAAAAGAAGAAGAAAGGCAAGAGCGGUAAUGCUUCCGGCAGCACAAGGUCGCCGGCAACGCCCAAUACCGGCAGAGGAGGAGCGGCGCAACUCGACGAGAUUGAUAUCGCCCUUAAAUCGUUAUCCAGCGGUACAGGUGAUCAUGAAAUGGCACGGGCAAGUGAAAGAAUGACAGCUCGGAAUAAGCUUUUUGACUUGCUUUCUAUCGACACUGCGCAGCUAAAUGUGACAAAUGAAAUGCGUCGGCUCUUCGGCCGCGCCGCCUUGCAAAGCGAUGCCCAGGAUGAAGACGGUCAAGAUAUAAGAAGGAGGCGAGGAAGAGGUCAACAGGAACUGCGCCUGGCAGACGCUUUGUCAGGGGCGCGUGGACGCGGUGGACGCGGGCUAGGCUCGUUAGGGCUUCGCAGAAAUAUAUUUUUCCAAGGAAAGGAAGAAUGGCCACGAGCAACAGGUGGAGGAUUAGGCAUGGAAGCCCAGAAGGGCCAAAACGAUGAUGGAACCGUCACUUAUAACUUCGUGCACAAUACUGCAUAUCAGGAUGUGCAGAGGCAGUUCGAUUCAUGUGUGUUAUCCAUGGAUCCGACGCGGAUGGUGCGUCUGCUGCAGUACAAUCCAUAUCAUAUUUCGACCCUUCUUCAAGUUUCAGAAAUUGCAAAGCAAGAUCGUGAUCAUGCUCUAUCUGGCGACUUGCUCGAACGGGCCCUUUUCUCCUUUGGCCGAGCUGUACAUUCAACCUUUGCCAGCAAUCUGUCUCAAGGCAAGGCCAGACUGGACUUCCGGCGACCAGAGAACCGCGAGUUUUGGCUCGCUGGCUGGCGAUAUAUAAACAACCUUGGCAUGCGUGGGACAUGGCGAACGGCCUUUGAAUGGGCAAAGCUUCUUUUCAGUCUGGAUCCUGUUGGCGACCAUUAUUGCAUGGCCACCGUCAUCGACCAGAUAGCGUUGCGGGCGAACCAGCCCCAGUUUCUGCUAGCAGCAGUUGAAGUCCAGCAAUAUCUUGGAAACUGGGACAAGCUUCCGAAUGUUCAGAUCUCGACCUCUUUAGCGCAAAAGAAGCUCGGCCAUCCCCAGGAUGCUCGAGCCUCCCUGCAAUCUUCAGUUGAGAAAUAUCCCUGGAUAUUUGCCCGUCUCUUUCAAGAGCUUAAUCUUGAUCGCCUACCGCCAUCUAUUUGGGGUAGACUACCUCGGACAGACUUGGAAAACUUGCAAACAGAGCUCUAUGCUCUAAGAGCAAAGGACCUCUGGAAUACUCCAGAAACAAUUACUUUCCUUGUAGAGGUCGUCGAGACUACGAAAAGUUCAGAAAGCAUUCCAGAAAACCACGAUCCGAUAUCUUUGGAUCUUGCCCGCCAUGUUCUCCUCACCGAUCUUCCGCCUCUCAUUAGCCAUCUUCCCCGAGCUUAUACCACUCAAGCAACCUCCGCCUCAGAUCCUCUUCCCCCGGCCGACAAUAAAGCUUCGUACAGUGCUUCAUCUGUCCAGGAAGGGUCCGGAAUCCAUGUUCCUGAAGAGAGUCACCAGGAGAUGAGAGAUUUACAUCACUUCUUUCAACGCAUUUUCCCAUGGUACACUGAGCUCAAUGAUCCCCUGAUCCCGCAAAAUCUCCCACCAGAAGAAAUGGAUAGAGCCAUUGCCGCUUCUGGAGUUGAUGAGGUGGCCGUCAUGCAACGCGCGCAGAGACUGCAAGCCCUUCGCUAUGCAACAGCAUAUCAACAGCUGUUGCGCUCGCGAUCACAGGCUUCUGAGGUCGAAAAUGGAGAAUUCGGCACGGUCGGGGAUCAGAUUGCGAUGCUUAACCAUAUGCUCCAGAGUUCUGCUUUAGCUACGCAUGUAGAACACGGCUCGGAAGAGGUUGAGGAGCAAGAAGGAGAUGAACAAGUGGAUUUCGAAGAUGAUCCGGAAGCUGAAGAUGAAAUUCGUCAAGAGAUUCUUUCUUCCGAGUUAUUGGUAAUGGUUGAUGCUUUCCAUGAACACGGAACAGCGCUUGAGAACUGGACUGUUGAUCAACGCGACGCGCAUGACAACUUUGUUGAAUUGAUGGCCGACAUGGCAACGUCAUAUCCCCAUCUUCGAGACUUUGGGCUCCAAACCUUGGGCCAGCAGGCUGGGACAGAAGCUCGCCGCAUGGUCGAGGCGGAGGUGGCCAAUAUUAUCCAUCCGAGCGACUCUGACCUCGAUUAACCCUAAAAGCAUACGGCAGGCCCAAGUGCAUAUUCAUAUAUUCAUAGAGGUUUUUUAUAGUGUACAUAUUCGGGAG